AUGGCCGGCGGAAACCUAGGGGCGGGCCCAAAGAUCCCGCCGCCGGCGUCCCCAGAGGCUGCCGAGGAUGCCAAAACUCGAGCUACGAGACGGGAGCUGAAACAGUCUUCGAUAUCCGAUCAGCAAUCCCCAAACUCUGUCGGCUCCGCCUGCGGAUCGCCGACGGAAGAAACGGCGAGUGCGCGUGUGGGUGACGUGUCGGGUUCGCAAACGGAUGCUUCGGCUGAGCGCCCCUCAUCACCAAAGAAGAAGCGGGCGCGCGACGAGCUGGAUUGUCCUCAGGCGUUCGAUGCUGAGGGAAAUGGCAUGGCCGGCGUCGACUUGACCGACGUGGCCAAGAAUCGAUCUCUGAGGCUAGAGCCCGAGAAGAAGCGUGCCCGUGACGAAGUGUCCAGUGAAUCGGCGACUGACCCCCCCUCAGAAGCGAAUGCGGAUAUUGGCAAAGCUGCCGAUGCUGCCGAGCCCGAGCUCGAAACGACGACUGCCACGGGAGCGUUCACGACGUCUGGGUUUGCCAAAUUGGCUACGGGAGCCUCCGCAUUUGCCUCCAUCGGUGCCUCCAAGGUCUCCGGCUUUGGAUCGACUGCAACCGAGGCCCCGUCGUCGUUUGCCCCGCCGAAACCAUCAUCUACGUCGAGGGGUGCGACCGUCGGUGGCUCUGCGCCCAAGCUCUCGUUCGGCGGGAGCGCGACUGCAUCUCCAUUCGCCAAUCUGUCCUCGCCUUCCAACGGGUUCGGAAACGGCGUCGGCAGGGGCUUUGGCUCUGCCCUGUUGGGAACCAAACCCUUGACCAGCUUCGGUGCGGCCGGAGGAAAACCCCUCCAAAGUGGGAAAGCUUCGAAACCGUUUGGGGCACCUGAUAGCGAAUCCGACGACGAUGAUGACGAGGAUGGUGAAUAUCAAGCUGAGAGUCAGGAUGAUAAUGGAAAUCGUGCAGCAACUCCGGACAAAGAGGCAGAAGACAAGAGGAAGCCGAAGCUCCACAAGGUGGAUGUCGACGACGGAGAAGCCGGCGAAAUCACUCUUGUAUCGGUGCGGGCAAAAAUGUUCAGUCUCGACAAAGAGGUCGGUUGGAAGGAGCGAGGAGGGGGCAUGUUGAAGAUCAACGUGCCUCGUAUUUGCGUCAACUUCGACGACCAGGGCGCCGCCAUGCCAGGCAGCUUCGAUGUUUCCAGCCUCGAGACAGACGACAACGAUUUGGGCGACGAUGCGAAAGGUCACAAAGUCGCUCGACUCAUCAUGCGUCAAGACCAGACACAUCGCGUCAUCCUGAACACGGCUGUUGUCGCAGCGAUGCAGUUUCAAGAAAAGGCAUCCCUCAAGGCCGUCGGCAUACUAUUCACCGCCUUCGAGGGAGAGAAGGCGACGCCUACAAGUGUCACCAUGAAGAUGUCCGCCGCAAGCGCGAAGAGCUUCAUGAAGGAGAUUGGCAUGAUUCAGCAAGAGCUGAGAAGAAACUAG